AUGAAUAGAUUCCGAACUCGCCGGAAGGCGAAAGAGCAGCAGCAAGCAGAAUCACACUCUGAUCCGAAUUAUCCACUAGGUCUCUCCUUUGGCACAAAAGCAUUUGGCAAGAAUAAGAAAUCAAUACCUGAGAGCAAGCCGACUGUGGACCUAGCUACGGCCUUACCAUCCUCAAAUGACUUCCGAACAAGUCUAAUUAUGCCAAACCUCUCUGCCAGAUUCAGCAUGCUCCGAGAACAGGAUGAUCCCUCCACAAAAAUAGGCAAAGCCAAUGACGACAGCGUUUUGUUUCCUAAGAGAGCAUCCAGAUUGAACCUCUUCAGCAACAACCCUUUGACUGACAUAACUGAAGUCAACUCAAUACGUGACUCAAUCCGACCACCAUUCGCAUAUGGUGAGAGAAAACGUUCUCUGGACACGGAUGGGUACGACAGCGAUUGUGGGACCAGUAUGAUAAGCAGGUCAAGACCAGGAGAAGGAAACAUGUUAUUCGGUGGACGCCAAAAGUUCUACAAAGUCCCUGUUGAAUCUUCAAUGAAGGCCCGAUCGUGUUCGGACGCUGCACAGUCCGAUUCGGGUAGCAUGCAUGGUCGGGUAAUGUACGAGAACGAUGUCUCUCUGUCCCAGUUCCAAAAAUAUCGCGAGAAAGAACGAAAGGAGCAGAGGAAGCAUGAAGGGCGGAACAGCCUCGACGAUGCCGAGGACGAUUCACCACAUUCACCUGCGACAAGCUUCAGUAAAGAUCGCGGUACCAACUCGUCAACGACCUCUGUGCCUAGACGGAAUUCUACAGCAGCAACUUCGGUUGAGUCACUAUCACCCAACCUGUACCACAACAAUGGCAGCGCCGUGAGUCUCGCCUCUCCCAACACCGCAACUCAACCGAAAGCUGGACUUGAUCGAAAUGCCACCAUAUACGGCAAAUUAUAUGGGCAAACAUUGAACCAAUCCACUUCGUUACAUCGUGUUGCGAAAGACGUGUUCAACAAUGUCAGUCGUCCCCGUGCUCAUACUAUCGACCAGGAAGCGGAUGCCGAAUCGCCAGUCAACGUCAACCCAAAACUCAAAGAGACCAUACCUCGCACAGAACCAUCGCCCAAACCUUCUAAAUUUCGCUCGGCUAGCCCACCACCGGCUACAUCAUCGUCAGACCUGGCCAUGCUAGAUGCCACUGUACGAAGUGCCAGAACUCUGGAAGGAGCAUCAGCACAAGGUUACAGACGUCCACUAAGUCCACCACAUAGCGAAGAAGAAGGCGCCGCUACUUUUGUGAACAGCGUACAACCCGAAGACCGGGGCAAGGCAACUGCUCUUGGUCUAUUCAAUAAACCUUCUCAAGAAUAUGACGAACAACAAUUUUCACAAAGACAACUUCAGAUGCACGAAGGACGUAGUUUGCCACCCCUACGUCCAGGUUCUCCAACCCCAAGUUCUAACUCAGCAUCGCCUGACGAAAGCAUUCCUGUAUUCAAAAAGCAUGAUGCAUGCCAGAAAGAGCCAACGCCUGCUCAGGACACGCAAGCUCAUGCAGUUUCACUCAUCAGACAACUGAAUGAAGAACUGGCGCCUCUUGAAGCGCAGAGAAGAGCGGUUGGCCAACAGCCGGAGACAAAGCCCUCUGCUACUUCUCAAAAUGCGCUCAACCGUAAUACCUUUCUGGUUGUUGACGACGAUUGGCCUUCUGAAGAAGCGGAGGCAAUACCUUCAAUGCCACCCACCGAAAUUUCUGGCCAGACCCAUCCGGCAUUUCGACCUGUUGCUGAGGGAUUCAAAUUUCCUCCCUUCGACACCGUAGCAAACAGAGCGCAGUCCAUUGAUGAGCCACGACCCGUCCCCUCUGUAUAUGAGAAUCAGAUCAGGAUACCCCUUGAUCGUGACGAGUUCGAUCCUCAGACGGAAGGACUUGGCCUCAAUGGCCUCGUACGGACACAUCUUCGAAGCGAUAGCGACAAGUCUUCAGUUUGUCCUCCUGUUUCACCUCGUUUCCCUCCGGGAUUUAUGAACAAGAGUCCCGGAAUUGGAGCUUCGCCUUUGAACGAUGACGAAACCGAGAUGCCAGAGCCAGAGCAAGGACAGGACCAGUCAACAGACGUUCAAUCUAGAAUGGCACAAAGUGCCAAACAAUUCUUGAACACGGCUACCCUAAUGAAAAAUCGCCUGAAUACCCAGACGCAACGCUCGGUAGACCAAGACACGGAACAGUCAGGUCAAAAGUCUGGGCCUCCAAUAAGUUGGCAAGACGAAUUGCACUCGAGACAUCAACGAGGUGGCAGUACAGAAACACAGCAAGAACGAGAGGCUUUCAACAAUGAGCUCGCAGAGCGCCGUCGCAAAGUACAAGAAAAAUUAAAGAAUGUCGUCGAUAGCAGUAGCAGAUCUGCAAGCCCGGCCCCGCCGCCUGAAACUGGGUCACCCAAAAUUGGUAAUGGAUUUACAGCCAGACUUCGAUCUAAAUCAAAUAGAAGAGAAUUCAGCAACAACCGGCCAAUUUCGUCAAAUCCACCCGAUCACACCCUAAAGGCGGUAAAAGUCUUAGGUCUAGGAGGAGCCGCUCCGCCGAACACUAGCUCGCCCAAACCACCCCAACAGGAACUUUGGAAGGAAGAGGAAGAGAGAAUGCUUGAAGCUUUUAGCCGCCGCCCAAAACCGAAAGCUGCUUCUAAGCCGUCACCUAAAAAAGAUAUUCGUUACCCUCCACCGGAGCCACCGUCAAGCAGGACGAGCCAAAAUGAUGAUAGUGAUCGGCUACGACAAAGGUCUGCUACACCUGUAUCGACACGUAGCUCGCUACGAGAUCGAUCAAUAUCUGAUGUCGCUGGCCGUUCUAAAAGCCGCAAUGGUCAGUACCGAGACGAUCUCGAGAGAGCUAUGGCAGAAGGAACAGGCAAUCAUUCUCGUACAAACAUCCCCAUCCCACCACGACCAUCCAUAGAAGCUUCGGAUCAGCCAGAGCGAUCUGCAUCAGCCAUGUCGGGACGGUAUCAAAGCAAUAGCAGAACAAAUACUGCUGGCUAUUUCGAGCGCAAGUCACUGAGCCCGCUGCAGACGACUGGAAUGCCAGCAACACUUUCGAAUAGACCCUCUCCACGAACGCCGUAUUCGGCAAAUUCUACACCUCCCAUCCUUGAGACUUCUCCCGUUGUAUCCAAUUGCCCAACAGCCACACUUACUCAAACCACGGACGACCGAGCCACACCUUCUCUUCGCGGCCGUAAGCGGUCUAUAAGCAAGAAUAUGAUCUCGGAUCCAACCUUCAUCUCCACAACCUACGCUGUCGCCACGGUGGACCUGCCACGAGGCGCUUCUCUUCGUAAUGGCUGCCCCGGUAUCAAAGAUUCCUCCACCCCCACAACUCCGUUCAUGAAUCCAUCUCGCCGCCGUGGCCGCAUCGGAACCGGCUCAAGCACAACUCAUACACUUUUGUCUACCCUGACGAGCCGCAUAAAUGACAGCAAAGUCGACCUUGCUGCUCCUCGGUCCGCACGUCCAUCUCUGCCCGAGGAACGAAGCACCUUCUCUGACGAAGCAGAUACGAAAAAACCCUCGCCCUUGAAACCAAGGCACAAAUUGAGGAAAGUCAGCAGUGAAGGUGGAGAUAUGAAUGCCAAGGCUAGAUAUCAGGCAUUGAUGUCUGCGCCAAGUCCUGCGUUGCCUACUUUUCCGGUUAAGCGCGGUCCUUCGCCGCCGAUGCAAAGGAUGGAGGGAGGCAUGUUCUGA